AUGGAUGCCUCUUUGAAUGUAGAUUAUAGUUGUCCUCCUCCAGGAAAUACAUCCAAUUCAGAGAGAAUCCAAACUGAUUUUCCGUCUGGUGAGAUUGUAAUGAGGGCUGAUGAUAUUCUCAAUAACACUUCGAGCAUUCCUCAAUGGUGGCACACAUCAUUAACUGAAAAGGGGCAACAAUUUGAAACCGUAACUGAAUUGAGACUAGCUUUGCAAUACUAUUCCAUGGCCAAAAAUUUUGAAUAUGAAUUUGUAAAGAAUGAACCCAAAUGUAUCCGUGUUUGUUGUCGAUAUAAGGAGACAUAUGGAUGCCCUUGGAUGCUCUUUGCAUCUCCUGUUAAAAGUGAUAAAAGAAUGGAAAUCAAAAGGUUUGUGAAUGAACACAGUUGCAGACAGCAUUCUAACUUGUCAGGGCAAUCACGGGCAUCUCGCAAGUUCAUAGCAGCCCAAUUACGACCGGUAUUAAAGGCACGACUUGAAAUCCGCCCAAUUGAUGUGCAAAAGGACUUCCUCACUCGAUUUGGAUUGAGACUUGAAUACAGUAAGAUAUGGUGGGGCAAAGAAAGAGCGCAUGAGGAUAUGUAUGGUGAUAGCUAUGAGGCUUAUGAUCAAUUAAGAUGGUAUGAGCAAAUGGAGAAGCAAACGAAUCCAGGAAGCUACAUUUGCAUUGACCAGAAUAAAGGAAGGUUCAGAAGACUGUUUAUAUGUUAUGCUGCUUGCAUCCAGGAUUUCUUAAAUGGGUGUAGACCCCUUUUAUUUUUGGAUGAGACCUUUUUGAAAGACAGAUAUAAAGGCAUGCUCCUAAGCGCCAUAGCCUAUGACGGAGACCAAUGGAUAUUUCCACUUGCGUAUUGUAUAUGUGAUCAAGAAAAUAUUGAUAAUUGGAGAUGGUUCCUACAAGGCCUGUGGUCCAUACUGUAUGAAAGGUUGGACCCGUACAAUCCUCCCCACCAAUUGGUAAUUAUUUCUGAUGCCGACAAGGGGAUUCGAGAAGCCGUGAGAGAAUAUUUCCCUGAAGCAAUUCACUCACGCUGCGUUCUGCAUCUAGUUAAAAAUUUUAGAUCAAAGCUCAAGGAUUUGGGAAUGAAGGCAAAGGACACGCAGGUUUUGGGGAAUUUGCUCCAAACUGUUUGCUAUAAAUACACUAUAGUGGAAUGGAACGACUAUAUGAAGGAAAUUUAUGAGAUAGCUCCAGUCGCAUAUGAUAUUGCAAUUAAUUACUCGCUAGAGCAUUGGGCAAAUGCCUUCUUCCCUGGCAUUAGAUAUGGCCAUGUAACCUCUAAUGUCGCAGAAUCCUUUAACAGUUGGAGUCGUGAAGCCCGAUUGUUACGUAUCCUGCAAAUGGUGGAGCAUAUCCGAAAACAACUUAUGACUCGCAUGAACAACAGACGGAUAAUGGCUGGUAAGUGGACAAGCUAUCUUUGUCCUAAAGCUGAGCAGAUUGUUAGAGAAAAUAUGGAAAAAGGGCGCACUUUAGAGAUUAAGCGAUCUAGAGAUGAUAUUUUCAAAGCGCAAUCACAUAGAACCACUCUCGUUGAUUUGGAGAAUAGGACAUGCACUUGCCGAGCUUGA